AUGCGGCUCAGCAGAUUGGCAGCAAUGCCGCUGGCUUGCUACCGUGGUGUGUCCGUUCGGGGCAUUCAUUGGGUGGCAAACAAUGCAUUAGAAAAACUGAGUGAGGCGGAGUCAGAUCUGUUGGACGCGGCCAUGGAGUACAACAUAGAUCUGCCCAUCGGUUCUGAAUCGGACGGUGUGGAGAUCGGCAUCUGCCUGCAUCUACUAAGAGUCACGGGUAAGUUCCAGACACAGAAUCACCACCUCGGCACGCAGGGAAAAACAACACGGAGGUGGGCUUCAUCUAUCUGGGAACUCAAGUCUAAAAGGAAGCAAUUCAAUCGCCUCGGUCAAUGGGAUUCGGGAGCAAUUUUCGGCGCUCGAACCCCAACAGCGGCUACUUGGCUGGCCGAGGCGAGGCGUCGGUCAUCUGCUGCUCCUCCUCCGGGGGGUCGAUUAGGGCGUGGGCAUAAGGGUCUUUAUGACACAAUCAACAAUUCGAUUCAUUUUCAGUUAGGUCUUGCUCUAGCUUCUUUAGGGGUUAUUACUUCCUUAGUAGCUCAACAUAUGUACUCUUUACCUCCUUAUGCAUUCAUAGCACAAGACUUUACUACUCAAGCUGCUUUAUAUACUCAUCACCAAUAUAUUGCAGGGUUCAUCAUGACAGGGGCUUUUGCUCAUGGAGCUAUUUUUUUCAUUAGGGAUUACAAUCCGGAACAGAAUGAGGAUAAUGUAUUGGCAAGAAUGUUAGACCAUAAAGAAGCUAUCAUAUCUCAUUUAAGUUGGGCUAGCCUCUUUCUAGGAUUCCAUACCUUGGGCCUUUAUGUUCAUAACGACGUCAUGCUUGCUUUUGGUACUCCAGAAAAGCAAAUCUUGAUCGAACCUAUAUUUUCCCAAUGGAUACAAUCUGCUCAUGGCAAGACGACAUAUGGGUUCGAUAUACUCUUAUUUUCAACGAAUGGCCCCGCUUUCAAUGCGGGUCGAAGCCUAUGGUUGCCCGGAUGGUUGAAUGCUGUUAAUGAGAAUAGUAAUUCGCUUUUCUUAACAAUAGGACCUGGGGAUUUCUUGGUUCAUCAUGCUAUUGCUCUAGGUUUGCAUACAACUACAUUGAUUUUAGUAAAGGGCGCUUUAGAUGCACGCGGUUCCAAAUUAAUGCCAGAUAAAAAGGAUUUUGGAUAUAGUUUUCCUUGUGACGGCCCAGGGCGCGGCGGUACUUGUGAUAUUUCUGCUUGGGACGCAUUUUAUUUGGCAGUUUUCUGGAUGUUAAAUACCAUUGGGUGGGUUACUUUUUAUUGGCAUUGGAAACAUAUCACAUUAUGGCAGGGCAACGUUUCACAAUUUAAUGAAUCCUCCACUUAUUUGAUGGGAUGGUUAAGAGAUUACCUAUGGUUAAACUCUUCACAACUUAUCAAUGGAUAUAAUCCUUUUGGGAUGAAUAGUUUAUCGGUAUGGGCGUGGAUGUUCUUAUUUGGACAUCUUGUUUGGGCUACUGGAUUUAUGUUCUUAAUUUCCUGGCGGGGGUAUUGGCAGGAAUUAAUUGAGACUUUAGCAUGGGCUCAUGAACGCACACCUUUAGCUAAUUUAAUUCGCUGGAGAGAUAAGCCCGUGGCUCUUUCCAUUGUGCAAGCAAGAUUGGUUGGAUUAGCUCACUUUUCCGUGGGUUAUAUAUUCACUUAUGCAGCUUUCUUGAUUGCCUCAACAUCAGGCAAGUUUGGUUAAUUUAGUUUGUUUUUUUGUACUGUAUCAGCACCUAGUUCAUUACUCUUGAUAGAGAGGGAGGAUCUGCCUUUUUAGAUUUCUUUUUCUAUUUAUUUUUCCAUCUAGGAUUAGAACCGUAUACUUGGUAAUAAUAGCAACGACACAUUAUGGCAAAAAAAAGUUUGAUUCAGAGGGAGAAGAAGCGGCAGAAAUUAGAACAGAAAUAUCAUUUGAUUCGUCAAUCUUAAAAAAAAAGAUAAGAAGCAAAGUUUCUCCCUUGAGUUUGAGUGAAAAAACGAAAAUGCGAGAAAAAUUGCAAUCCCUACCGCGUAAUAGUGCACCUACACGCCUUCAUCGACGUUGUUUUUUGACCGGAAGACCUAGAGCUAACUAUCGACAUUUUGGGCUAUCCGGACACGUACUUCGAGAAAUGGUUUAUGAGUGUUUGUUACCGGGUGCAACAAGAUCCAGUUGGUAAGGAUAAAAUACCCUUUCGUAUUUGUAUGGAUUUCUGGAAUUGAUAAUCAUAGAGGAGCCCUCUUUACCAUUAUGUAUAAAUGGACUAUUCUAUUUGUAUAGAUAUUGGUAGAGGGGCGUAUCCAACCCUCUUUUAUCCACUAGUUACCCCUCUUUAGUUUAAGAGUAUAGAGCAGUUUGGUAGCUCAUAAGGCUCAUAACCUUGGGGUUGCGGGUUCGAUUCCCACUACCGGCUCCAUACUCCUUCUUUAUGAUAUAUGCAUGAUAUAAUAUAUACAUCAUGCAUUUGUAUCUGGAUUUUUUGAUUUCCUAAAAGAGUUUUGGUCUAACAGUUUUUUCUCGGAAGAAGCAAAAAAAUAAAAGAAAGAAUAAAAUAUGAAAGAAAA